AUGUGUGACAGAAAGAGAGAAAUUUCUUAUUCCUGUCAAAGCUAUUGGUGAACGUGCAGUAAUAGACUUUCCCGAUUCCGUAAACUUUGGGAGCUGUCCUGUCAAGGAUACGACGACCAAGACCUUGUUUGUGAGAAAUAUUGGCAAGAGAGAAGCCAAGUUUUCCCUUUCUUUGGAGAGGUAAGAAAUUGAACGGGAUGAUGUUCUGUAUGGAACAGAUGCCAAAGAAAUUUAAACUCACUGCUGAUCAUCUUUAGAAUUCAGAACAGUCAGGGUUUCAAACAAGCCGGCGGAAGCCAGAGCUCGGGGUGGUUUUAUGAUGUCUACGACUGCCUGCUAUACUUUCUUUAAAUUAUACUGUGCAGCCAUCUCGCUUUUUCGCGGUUUGUGGCUAUAAAGUGGCCGCAUUUCGGCAUAUACCUUGUAGUCAGGGUUUUGUCUACAUAAAAGUGUAGUAUGCUGUAGUUUCGUAGGUGGUAGCUCAGCUGUAUCCUAAUAAAGUUAGAUUUGUAAGUUUAACUAUUGUCUAAAAAGCAAGAACUAGCUACAUCUACCAAUACCACCAUACAAUAAGACGAGUUUUCAGACAGAAUGACUAAAUUAAGAAUGUUCGGUAUACCGAAUAUAUCGGUAUUGAAACCAAUAUCGGUUUAUCGUUAUGAUUUUUUCAGUCAAACUGAUAUACCGAAACUUCCGAUAUAUCGGAUACACAGCAUGCAUAUGGUGAAAUAAUCAAUUUUUGUUUUACUCAGAUGCAAAGUAAAAGAAGUAGACAUUUCGUGUUAAAGACAAUGUCAACAGCUUCGAAAUUAUCAUAAACAGUGUUUCUACUUUUGAAAUUAUUCAAAAUCAAAAUUUCCUUCAAAUUUCUACUAAGGAAUUUUCCUAUCUAAUUUAAAAGGCGAAAAACCGGUAUACCGAUAAUAUCGGUAUAAUUUUCCCGGUAUACCGAUACCGGAAAAUUCUCAUACCGAAAUUCCUAAAUGACUUUCUGAAUGAUGAAAUCCAAAAGUCUCAAAAACUUGUCCUGUCAGUCAGGGCUUUUAUAAUUUUUUACGUAAGCGGAUGCGGCGAGAAAGAAAGCGGCUGUCCUCGUGAAGGAAUAUUUUUAUUAAGUCCAAGGAAAUAAUUCAUGACAGUAUUUGAAUAAUUGUGUUUAUUGUACAGGGGCUUUUUUUCAUGGUCAGUUAGCUGAAAAAAGCUAUAGUUAAACUUUAGUACACUUUAAGUUCUUGUCAAUUAAGGGAUAUCUGCAUGUUAAUAUUAAUAAUUAAGGGAUAUCAAAUCCAUCAAUAGGAUAACCGUAGACUAGAAUAAGCAGAGAAAUUUCCAAGAAAUAUUUCUCGUUCAUUCGUACAGGUUUGCAGCAAAUUUUGUACAAGUACUAUUAUAUGUAUUUAUUGUUUAUAUGCGGCAAAAUUACGAGUUUUACGAAAUCAUGUUCAUUUCUUACUUUCUUUCAUCCGGGACAUCAGGAUUAUAAUAAUUUCCUUGUCUAGAAGGUAUAAAAAGAAUAUCUUUGUAGGAAAACAUUCAAUUCAUCGUUAAAUUUUAGUCACAGAAACGAGCCCAAGAAGUUUAUAAGAUAUAAAUAAAAGAUAAUUAAAAUGUAUGUGGAAAGUGGUGUAAAAAUAAUUUUAUUUUCAUGCGUGUUUUAGCCCGUUUUCUGUCACACCCGACAAAGGCAGUUUAGCUGUUGGUGAAAGUAUGCAGGUCCAUGUUCAGUUUAAAGCAUUAAAGACUGGGGAUUAUAACUGCAAUAUGAUAUUACAUUACGACACAGGUAAAUUGUAAAAUUCAGGGCGAUUAGUACUUCAAGAUCUUGCAUGGAUAUUUUGUGCGAUUUUUAAAUAGCGUGAAACAUUGUCUAAGGAUAGUGGUGCACAGAUCCAAAAUAUCCGUGCAAGAUGACGUAUUACCUUCAGGGCUUAAAAUAACCGCUGGUCACCGCUCAAUGAUCGGCCAAAUAAUUAAAGAAUCACAGUCAACUGUGAUGCUUCGCGCGCUAUGUAAAUAUUUAUAUAAAUGGCAUUGCAACCUUGUUGGACCUGUUCAUAAAAUAAACUGUAAACAAGACGCCUGCUCAUGCGUUCACACUGGCCUCGCGGUUGGUAAAAUACCAUCGCAAUACUCUAAAAAAUAAUUCCAAACAUGUAGAUGUUCUUCACUUCUUGACGGCCGUCACUUCAUGAUCACAAACUUUCAGAGGACGGCACAAUAAAAAUCCAUACAAAACCAAUAGAGUUCAGCGAUGUCAUAUCGAAAAACACAGAAAAGUGCAAGCGCAAUGAAAUAUAGUAAAAUACGUCCCACAAUUACAGCGUCUAAGAUUUGUAACGUAGUUAAACACGAAAGUCGUUCUGAUUUACAUUGUGUAGAGUUGGUCCUAAUAUAAAUCGUCGUGAGCUGUUUUAGCUAAAUUGCGCAAUCCUGAGCCCACGAUGCCGCAAUGGAAAGUCUAAUAAAAUGGUGGAAUGCAAAACAAUAAAAACAUUUUAGCGCGCAAAGCAUCACGGUCGACUGUGAUUCUUUAAGUCGGUUAUGCUGACCAGAUAUCCAUUCGUCUUGACUUCAUCAUGUGGUCAUGAGUCUUUUCUAUUUCUAGAUGAAGAUGUAUACGUCACUCUGUAUGGAGCUGCUGUCGACGUGAAUGUCAGAUUGGACAAAAACACUUUAAAACUAGAGAAUACAUUCAUAUCUUGUACAUCACAGAGGUAUGCCACGAAAGCGACAAAAAUAUAUAAGAUUCAUACGCUUUGUACCUGCACUGAGGUGAAUAAUUGUUUUAGCAUAUACCACAACAAAACAACAAUGACCAAAAAAACAACGAAAAUGUUUUUAAAACAAUUUGUAUUUCAGCUCCCGCAUAGUAGUUGUGAACAAAAUAGUAUAUGUACACGCUUUCGGUAAUCUUAUCAUUUUUAUUCAGUAGAAAUAGCUUUAAGGAAUACCUCUUUACAGUGUUAAACAAAACUUUGUGACUUUCAUCCUGCCGUAGGUUGGAUUCCUGUAAAAUGGCUUGCGCACAACGUGUAAAAGCUUUGAUCGCAUUUUGAGUUAAUGGAUGGAAAACGUGUUUGGUUUUUAAUUACUGUACACAAUUUCAGACAAUUUGCUGUAGUUUAACCCUUUAACUAUUCAUGCUUAAUUAAUGCUUUUACCUAAUUUGCAUAUUGCUGCAAUAUGCAAAUUAGGCAAAUGCAUUAAUUAAGCAUGCAAAAGGCUUUUUUAGGAAAAAAUGUAAGUGUGUGUAAAUAUUUAAAGGCUUAAACUGAAGCAAAUUGUCGUGCAGCAAUUAAAACGCAACACAUUAUUCUCCCAUUAACUCAAAAUACGAUUAAAGCUUUUAAAUCUCGUGCGCAAGCCAUUUUUAGUUUUUUUGGAAAAGAGACGCCCCUCCUGGUUUACAAAAUUUGAGUUCGAGAAUUUUUUUUCAUUAUUCUACAUUAUAAGUACCCAAAGAAGCUAUACAUAUAUAAAAAAAACCCGAAUACUAAUAGCUGUUUUGCGAAAUUGAGAGCAAUUUCAAAUCUGUUCAGUUUUUUUUUUAUACAUUCUGUAGUUGCAUGUUUCGCAUCUGCUCUUGGUUAUCUAUGUCUGAUAAAUGUAUAAAUUUAAACACAAAAUUUCCAUUUACAAAAACCCUUCCCCUCUUCGGCUAAGGCUUUCUGGAAUGGGAAUAUGCUGACCAUAUAGAGUCAUUUGGCCCAAAUAGAAUAUUACAGUAAAAUAUAAUUAAUUUCUUUACGUUAGAACUGUCCUCGUUCACAACAGAAGUGAUCACAUUGUGAACUUUCGCUGGACGAGAUUUGCAACGUUGACGGAAGAGUUACAACACAAAGAAAGGUUGGUUGUGAUGAGAAAAUGUUUUAAAAAAUUAGUACAUUCUUGUAUUUGUGCAAUUGUAGUAGAUACGCAUCCAGAGUAACGAACUAUACCUGGACAUUAGACAUUCGCUGUAAAAGCAUUUCAUGUUGCUUUCAGAUGCAAGAUGGAUUUAAGACGAGAAGAAGAAAUUGAAACAGAUGUUUUUCUCAUGGAAUGUACUCAGGAUGUUACAAUACGAGAUCAAAUGUCCAUUCUUCAGCGUUCAUUUCAAACUCGAAACCGGGUAUACGACUUUAUUUAUGCAGCUUACAAUUGCUGAUGUGCCGCGAAAUGCGAAUUCUCUAUGAUAUCAACCCCCCCUGGGCGUAGUUAUUUUAGGCACUUGGGUACCAAGAAUGGGAGAGAGGCGCUUAUUGUGGGGGGGGGGGGGCUCUCUUUAUAGAGAGAAAGGGCGCCUCGUGAAUUAGCGAAUUACGGUAUCCUACAUACGAACCUACAGGAUAGUUAGCCUGCCAAUCGCAAUUUUUUUUGUUUAAUAAAUAUUUAAUUUGAAAAGGAAAUUUGCCCCAAGAGCUACUGGUUGCUCAUCUAGGGGGCUCACCUCACAUUUACAUAAAUAGAAAAUAAACACACAACUCGAUCAAACAAUCAUACAUUCAGUGUAUAGAAGAAAAACACACAGGGAAGUACUGAAAGAUGAACAAACAGAUUCAAAUCUUACUUGAUCAAACGAGAACAAGAAUUGCAUGUGAGUUGACUGGAACAAGAAUUGCAUGAGAAUUGCCAAGUAAAUUGCAAAUCGCAAUUUACUUGCACUGUCAGAUAUUAUGAAAGUAACAUACCUACAUAAUGUGUUAAAGGGGAUGAAAUACACAUUACUGAUUGCGUUAGAUGUUUAACCAACUGUCAGCCUUGAAUUCUCAUGUUUACUUUAGACGGUCGAUGCAGACAAACUCAUUUACAAAGAUGAUGUUCUUGAAAUUCAACCAUACGUGAGUACUGUUCGACGUAUCUCGACAACGCGUAAGCCAAACGGAAGUCCAUCGAGAUGUUAUAGAUCGCGAGUAAUGGCUUGAGCAGUUCUUGGUUGAAAUAAAAAACGGCAGCCAAUUUCACAUUUGUGAUUUCAAACCAGAACGGCUGUCGCCAUCAAUCACCAUCUAUCACGGUUCGAUUGACUUCCGCUUCGCAUAGGUGUUAUCAAUUGUCAAUGUGAUGUGUUUGUUCAAAAUGCUCAGAAAAGGUGUUUUCUAAUCAGUUUUUAACCACGUUGUCUUAUUUUUAUAGGAAGGUGUUAUUUGGCCAAAUUCAUCAAUGGAAAUUGAUAUUGCAUUUACUCCAUUGGAAGCACAGAGGUAUAGAGCGAACCGACAGGAAUUUUUGGAAAAUCAUAAGUAUUGCGUAUUACUUGCAUAUAAUCUCCGUUUUGAUUUGUAAAAAUAAUUAUUGAUAUCACGUAAUUUAUUAUAACACGUGCGGAUAAUAGUUGUGUACAUGUGGAUAUGACGCCACUCCCAAGAGAAUAAUCGCAACGUUAGCAAAAGCCAAUUGGUGUACACGAAGAACAUGUAAAGCCGAGGCGAGAUUUGCUCGGUAGCUGAAGCGAUUUGGAAAAACGUUUAGACGAAAAAGAAGCGGAAAACACUAAAUAAGCUGCAAAACAGCAUUAAGAGUUUUUAACGAAGAUAAGCGAACCUCAGGAAAAAAAGUCCUACAACUAUUUUGCUCCAACAACUUUGUUUUAUCACGGUACAGCUUCGGCAGAUAAUACAUCCUCGGCCUUGAUAGUUAACAGUUAUUCACGAAACGCGAAACGUUGAGGUGAAUCAGGUGAAUAUAAUAGACCUUUAUUUAAAAGUCUGCCUUGUGACGUAGUUUGCGGAUAAAGGAAAACCCCACACAGCCAUUUGGCUUGCCUGAUUGGCCAAAUGAUCGAAUUUAUCCGCAAACUACGUCACAAGGCAGACUUUUUAAAAAGGUCUAUUGUUUUAGCAUAUACCACAACAAAAAUAUUUUCAAAACAAUUUGUAUUUCAGCCCUCGUAAUAGUUGUGAACAGAACAGUAUUUACACACUUUCGGUAACUUUAUCAUUUUUAUUUUCGUGUUUGGCGAAAUCCCGGAACGAAACGGGAAGCCAUUUUGUUUUUGUCCGGAGGUGGAUAGUGCAAUGUUAUCCGGAUCUGAGCAACCAAUCAAAUUGCGUGAAAAGUGCUAUCUAUACCCCCUGAUAUUUCUUGCUCAAUCUCAUCCAUUAAUUAUAAAUGAUAUGUAUAAUUCAUUAUAGUUAUGCUCGAACUUUGUACUGCGAUGUGGCUGGCAGGGAAUCUCGACUACCACUGAGAAUCAGAGGCGAAGGUAUAGGACCACGUGUGGUGUUCUCAUUGGAUUCACUUGAUAUUGGAAAUAUAUUUGUAAACUCAAAACAUUCUUAUGAGGUUUGUUACAAUUUGGCAAUUGUCUGUGAAGUUCAUGCAACUACAAGCUAUACUAUUACAGAAAAUAGAGAGAAAAUAUUUUUCUGACCCAGACCAAUUAUUUCUGUUAGGCAGCCUGACUACUGCAACACCGCGGAAAAACGUCUGUGCAUCGCCACUUUUACUGAAAUUCGUCUGAACAUGGUGUAAGUGUUCCGAAGGUUGUCAAAAACUCGAAAUGGAAGAGACUUCGAUGUUUUGCCUUUUUUGUGAAAAUACAAACGGGAUAAUGAAUGUGACAACCUAAAAACUAGAAAUAAUUACAGUCUACAUGUGCAAGAAGUAGUAUUAUGCAAGAAAAUAAACAAAAGGUGACUGUCGAUAAAUUUAUUGCAUAAAACGUUCUUUAACUUUAGGUUUUCGUAGGUUCAUAUGAUCCACAUUUUUGUCAAUAACUUUUUUUGCGCAGAAUGUAUAAUUUUUGCGUUCACUAUAUUUAAGGGUAAUUAUUUACUCUACAAUUUAAUCGUGUGCAAAUGCUUACAUAUUUGAAAGUUUUUUUAACUUUUGUGUCUAAAGUUUGGUAUUCGACAAUUUUUCAAGAAAUGUUCACACGCCUCCUGGUCUAAAACGAUAAUUUUUUAUUUUUAAUUUAGAUUUUAAAUGUUAGAAAACUUUUUAUUAAUGACUAUUAAACUACGCGUGUAGUGUAUUUUUUGGUUUGUUUCACUUGUAUUAAAGAAUUAAAUAGCCUUGUUUUUGUUUACAAUUUGGCAUUUAAAUUCCUUACCAUUUUUUCUAGUACACGCGUAUGCGCAGACGUUUUUCCGCGGUGUUGACUACCGCAGUGAAAUGAAUAUAACUGCAAUCUUGGAAAUAACUGGUUGAGACUAUUUUCUCCGUAUACAAAAUUCGGACAUCCUUAUGAUAAAUUCCAUGUUGUGCUUCUUAAGCCCCCAUUGCCCCAACUCAUUGCUGAGCUUGUGUCAUGGUAAGUUACCAAAAGUUGUUUUGGCGUUGUUUACAACAUCGAACUGGGGAGGAGGGGGUGACAAAAUUUGUUUUGUCAAUGUUCAUUAACUUGGCAGUAUUGGCUGGAACGGUCUCAAGGAUUUUGUCCAAGAUUGUGGAACGCUACCUCCAACCGGAAAGUUGAAGACAAACGGAAGGCCAGCCCCAUUCUUUUCUCGCAUGCGAAAAGCGCUGUCAAUCUGUCAACAUGAAUAUGUAUUCUUGAAAACCGGCUUAAAAUUUACAAAAAAGCUUUUUAACAGCGCUCAAAGCUUAUUAAUACAUGUAAUACUAUUCAGUAUACACUACAUUUAUUCAGUUAAAACGUCCUUGUAGACUUUACUUUUAUUUUUAUCUAAUAAUUGUUUAUUGAAAGAGCAUUUUUCUGCGAUAAAAGUGUGCCUCGAGAGAAUCUCGAGCUCUAAGCAUGCAUGUCUUGAACCCCAGACAUGUCUUGACCUUCAUUUCGCGGCUACCGCAAUUUCUAGAAUUGUCGCCCACGUGGUAACAUAUUGGAACUGAUUACAGAUUUCCAAUCCCCAAUCGUGUGUUAGUUCCAGUGAUGGGUAUACCUGGAGGAAUGAUUAUAUGUUUUUUUCUUCUGUAGGUUGUACUAGCGAACAAAGGUGACAUUGACGCUGUGUUUUCAUACAUUUAUUCUCAAUCUAUGUUUGGUCCUCUCGUUACAUUCUCUCCAUCUCAAGGCAUUGUCAGACCUGGCGGAUACCAAGCUAUCAAGGUUUGUUUCAAUGUUUCUAUCAAGAGCCGCAGGCUUAAUUCUUGUCGGAGGGCUUAUUAGUUCUGGGUCCGGCUGUUAAAGCUGGAUUAGCGCUAACCAUGAGUUAAAAUUUAACCUGCUGUUUCGGUUUGUGUAUUUCUGCACAUCUCUUUAUUUCAAAACUUCAGAGUGAGGACGGAUGGUAAACUAUCCGAAACGUAGCUAAAAUAAAAAUAUUAUUAAAAACCUCUUGUGUGAUCCUUGAUUUAAAUUAAAAACACAAAAUUAUUUAAUAUGCACAGAGGUGAAAGUUUCAGAAAAGCAAUUAAAAAUCGGUACGGGAGCGGCGGAUUGAAACAAACAGACAACUUACAAAAGUGUACAUUGAAACAAGUAAGACUGAAGAAUCAUCUAAAAUUCUUAAGAAGAUGCAGAGAUAUGCAUCAUCAAUAAGAGAGUUGUUCCACAAGGGCUUCGAGUACGGUUAUUAAAAGAUGAGUUUAAAGUACGUAAUGUUACACGAAUGAAAAAAAAGAUUGGAAACUACACGAGUACAAACCCGGAUUAAAGAUAUUCGUCGAAAACUAUAUUAUGUAAAUCAGCAAAAGAGAGAUAUUUUAAUGGAUUUGAAAGAAACUUUCACGCAAAAUGAUUUUCAUUGGGUAGAACAAGUUAUCAGAGUUUCCGAAAACAGAGAAAACGAGAAUGUGAAGAAAAGACAGGUGAGAAAGUUUGACGCAUUGAUAAAAGAAAAAGAAGAUCUCGAGAAUAAAAAUAGACAAUUGUUAGAAGACCACGAAAGAAUGAAGAAAGAAAAGAUAAAGAAUGAAGUCGUUGAUCUAACGGAAGAUGGUAUCGACAAUGAUAUUAAGGGCUACUUGUCUUUGGGACCAGGAUUCUGUGAAGCUCCAACAAGAGUACCGUAUGAACAUAUUAUAGCAGAAACGGAGAAAAUGUGUACAAAGAUAAAGAGAGAAGGCGAGACUAAUGAAAUUGAUGAAGAAAUAGUUGAACAUGAAAUUGGUGAAAUACGCGAAAAUGUAAAAGUUAUUUUGGAGAAAGCUAGACACAAGAAAUAUAAAACGAAUUUGACGAAAGAAGAGUUAAACGGAAAAAAGAAAGCUCUACAAGAUAAAAGAAAAGUAUUCUUACCAGCAGAUAAAGGACGGAUAAUGGUGGCUAUGGGUAGAUUUGAAAGUGAAGGUGGUGAACAAAGUUAUGAAUACAAGAUGAAACAAGUAUUGGUUGAUCUCAAGGCAAAACCUUCCAUAAGAGCAAAAAAGGACUGGGACUUGACUGAUAAAGUUUGUCGAGAAGGUACAAGGGUUAUUGAAAGAAUUGUCGAAAGAGGAGAAAUUUCAAAGAAUGAUGCGGAACGGUUAAAACCAAAGGAUUAUCAUGCCCCUAGGUUAUAUGGAUUGCCAAAAAAUACACAAAGAUGGUGUUCCAUUGAGAGGGGUGGUCUCAACGGUUCGAUCGCCUUUUGA